GUGCCACUUUCAGGUCUCCUCACACUGCUGGUGUGUUCCAUUUUUUGUCAUAGAGUUCUGGCAGAUUACGGGCCUCCCAUAGCUGCUGCCAGGCCCCUAAUCUGCCAUGGGCCCCUAUACCGCCUCCUCAUGCUGCUGCCAGGUCCACAGUCUCUCAUGGGUCCCUGUACGGCCUCCCAUUGCUGCUGUCUCCAUCGCCACACUCUGCCAUGUGCCACUUUCAGGUCUCCUCACACUCCUGCUGGUUUCCAUUUUGUCAUAGGUUGCUGUAUGGCCUCCCAUUGCUGCUGCCUCCACCGCCACACUGUGGCUCCAAACACUGGUUUUGGCCCCGUGACUGGCCAAAUGAGUGAAGUGUGCGGUGAUUCUAAGAUCGACGGCACUCAUCUGCAUGUCAUACUG